AUGAGUGAUGGCACGAUAACUAAGGAGAGUAAUGGCUCUCCCAAAAAUACUGUUAAUAAUACCAACACAACUACUAGUUCAACAACUAGUCCCAUAUCUAAUAAUAAAAAAAAUUUAAAUGUUACAAGUUCCACAAAUUCUCAUAAUACUCUAUAUAGAGGUAACAGGGGAGAAAGAAAAAAAAGAUCUUUGGUCUUUGUGUCAGAAGGUUCUGCAGACAUUGACACACAAAAGAGGAAGGAAGAGCAACAACAGAAGAGGUACGAGAAUGAAAGACUGAGAAGAAAAAGGAAAUCAUUACAGGAACAACUAAGGGCUAAUGCUAUUAAGAAACAACGUGAAUUCAAAAAAUUAGUUAAAAAAAAGGAAAGUUUUAAUAAGUUGAGUAAGCAAGAAUUAGAUUAUUUUCAAAAGAUACGAGCAGAGGAAGCUAAAAAAGACAAUGAAUUAAAUAACUAUUUACAUAAUAAAAUAAAUGAGUUCGAAAUCAAAAAAAAUAUAUUGACUGAGAAUAAUCAAUCAAAAACAAACCCUGGUUUUGCAAAUAAGACAGUUGUCGAAAAAUCCAUUUCUCCAAUGUCUAUUGGUAUUGUCAAGAAGAAACAGAGAAAAAUUGGAAUCUCUAUACAAAAAAUCAAACCAAAAUCAUAA